AACCGGGAUUACGCUAUGACUACUAAAGAGAGAAUUCAGCGCCAGUUCCCUGGCAAGUUCAUGGAGCUCUGCGAAACCUGCUUCCAUCGCAGUCCACGGCAGAUCUCCUGUAAGGGCAACAACUUGAAGUGCAAUUCCAGACACAGGCACAUUUGGAAGGCAACUCUAGUUCUUUGUGACAAGCAAAAUACACUGUUGUAUGAGGAGGUCAGGCCGCUGCCCAUCCUUCCCCACUUGAACAUCCGCUCAUGGCAGUACUGUAAGUAUGUUGAGAAGGGUGAGCAAUGCUGGCAUGGCGCUCAUCGAUGCUGGUUUGCACACAGUGAGGUAGAGAUGACCGUGUGGACAGCUGAGAGCCAGGAGGGGUUUGUUCGCUCUGAGCUGCUUCUGGCUGUACAUAAACAUCAGCCGGUGGCAGCAGCUUCUCUGUCUCUGACCCAGCACUACUGCAAAGCCUGCAGUCUAUCGUUUUCUCAAUGGGGAUGUUACCAGAACCACCUCAACACGUUCAAUCACAUCAAAAGGACCAGCGAGUAUAACAAUGAGACAACGACUGAGUGGAAGUAUCGAGACCCACCUCAAACCAACCAAGCCUACAAAUUGUGUGAAAGGAGGGCCUCUACAUGUGAGCUUGGGAGCAACUGUGUUGAUGCUCACUCAGCGGAAGAACUACAGGAGUGGCGCACAAGAGACAAGACUAAUCGGAAGACAGUUAUUGCUGCUGAAGAGCAGGGUUUACUUUCAUACCAGGACAAUCUACUGAGAGAGUACAGGGCUAGCAUCAACAAGGCUGUUAUUAGGCCAAAGGUGGCAUUCUCUGCUGGUUUAGGUAUUAAUGUUGGACCCUUCAGUACUGACACCACUCUGGUCUACCACAAAGUCCUCACCAACAUAAGCCAAGCCUACAGUCCAAUUACAGGUAUCGUCACAGCACCAGUGAGAGGAGUCUACUUCUUCAGAUUCAGUGCCAUGGACAAGCGCUAA